GAAGGACCUUACCAAAAGCUCAAUUGCAACAAUUUUUUAUUUAUGUCUUUAGUUGUUCUUGUGAUAAAUGCUGAUAGAAACAGUUUUUUUUUUACUAGAAUAUAACGACCUUGAACAGUUAAUCUGGUUUGAAAUAUGAAGAAGUCUAACUCUACAUCGUGUUUUACGCUAGGACUAAUUUCAGUGCCACUUGGUAGUGAAGAUUUAGAUUAUGAACCGGAUGGAUUUGAGUUGGAAUCGGAUACAGACUCAAAAAGUGCCGCUAAUGUUGAAAUGAGAGUAGUUGCCAAUAGCGAUAAUACAGUCUUAAGCGAUUUCAAUAGUAACAAAUUUGGGAAUUUUAGAAAAAAUUACAUAGGACAUGUUGAUGUCGGUGCGGAUUCUUUUCGAAAAUGUUACGCAGUCCAUAACAAUAUUCGUGAUUUUUCGGACACAGCGACUUUUCUAGAUAGUGAUAGUGAUGAUGAAAGUGAAGUUAACAUUAAUGCGAACAAUUUUAUGAAUCUCAGUGGACCUUCCCUUGCUAUUGGGGAAAGUUACAGCGAGGAUAGACAGUUGCAUAAUAAUCCUGAGGAUAGCGAUUUCGCGGAAGGCUGUUGUAGCAGUCAUGUAUCUUAUGAUAACUCAAUUUUACAUGGGGAAGUUGAAAAUGGAGACAGGCAUUUUUAUGAGGCCUGUCCGGAUUCAAGAGAAAGUGGUAUAACUGAUAAGUCCUCUUUACACAUUGAAGACUGUAUUGAGGAAAAUUCCCGCUUUAGCGAAUCAACAAUGGAAUAUAUAAAACCCAACAUUACACUGCAGACUGGGGAUCAUAUCAACCCUAUAAAACCGUUCAACUUUUCAAUCACGCUCACAGAAAAUUCUCGGAGGAUCGUGGUUCCUAAAACAGUGAAAAGGAAAAAAGCGUGGAAUAACAAGUUCCUUGCAGAGCAAUUGAAACUGACCUUAAAGGACGAAAUCAUUAGUUUCAUUCCCAAAAGCAGCGAAGAGAAACCAGUUUCCCAGGCAUCAAUCCACUCGGACCGUUCUUUUAAAAUACCCCUGAAGAGGCCUCCAACGAGAACAAAACCAUCUUUGUUUACCGUCACCGUGAGCGAGCAGGGCGAAAGGGGCGUGUCCAACGUACCUCGAUUUCAAUCUUUCAGUUCCGAUAUUACUCAUAAUGAGAACGACGAUAUUAUAUCCAUCUCGGCGAGUAGUUUUGUCCUCGAGUCCGAAGAUGUUACCAAAGAUGAACCCUUCAGCCCCAGGGAAGAAUCCGCCAGCCCCACAGAAAAAGGCGCCAGCCCCACGGAAGACACCAAGUUCCCACAUCCAGGUGACUUUAAUGAGAAAGUGAACCAGUGGUUUGAAUCCAUAGAACCCACCCAGUCGAGUCCAAACGGUGCCAAGGACAGUCUGCCAGCUGAGCCGUUAAAGCGGUCCAGGGUGCCUCCCAUUUACAAAGGGUUGUGCUAUUGGCACGUAUUUCCGUACCCCGGGCGCCAAUGCACCAGAAUGAAUUGUAGGCUCGCCCAUUCGGUGCGUGAUCUGCCCGAGCACAAGUGGCAGGAACUAUUGCAGCUCCCCGAGAAACAACUGCUCAACGCUUAUGAUUACGCCAAACAAUAUCCCGCGUUCUACGAGCAGAUUUUUGAAAAGUUCGCUACGGUUUUCGCCGAAAGGGGAAUGAUCCGUCAAACGGUCGAUAUCGUCGACCACAUAUUCGCCACAAAUAUGUCUCGGUUCUGGAAAACCAAGUGCCUCGAGGUAGUGUUCAACGAGCUGCAAAAGUCAGACUUGUCGUUUCACGACGCGGUAGAAACCGUGUUGGUCCAGAUUGGCUUGGGCAAAUUCCCGGACCUGGGCGAUCAGCUCGUCAGCCUGAUCGCGUCAGAUUCACACCUGCGCUCGAACUGGCCGAUACUGAGGCGGCUCGUCGUCGCCGGUCACAAAAUCGAUGGGACCGUCGCCACCAAACUAAUGUCUAACCUCGCUAGACCGCCCGUCGAUGGAAGGGUAUGCGCGGACGUAUGUCGCUUGUUGUCAAGAUUCAAUUUCGCGGAUAAACGGGAAAUUCCCGCCGACAUCAUGGCCGCCGUAGAGGCCGCGGCCGCCGCCCCUUCGCACGUACCAAGCCGCUCCCCAACGGGCAUUUUUAGACUGCUAACUCCGCCUCCGUACCCUGUUCACCGGUUCACAACGGAGCCACACCCCCCCACGGUCGAGGCGGAGUCGCGGGACAUACAAAACAAGCAAGACAUCGACGAGAGGUUGACGUCAUCGCAUCGAUGCGAUUCGACGGUCGCUUCCAACAGUUUCACGGGGGGCGGGUCUUGGUCGACGCUCUCGUAUACAAAUGACGAAACGUCGCCAAGGUCGAGUCCGGGAUUCGUGUACAACUGCCACGGUGCUCAGUACGACCCCAUCGAGGAUUACGGACCGUCGACGAAGAGAAAGCGACUCGAUUCGGGUAGUUCAAAUGGGCCGCCGUCAUCGAAGACUCCUCUAUCGACGAUAAAACCGCCCGAGCACCCGAGGUUCGGGUACCCGCGUUUCGACCCCGCCUACCGCUUCAACGUGUCGCUGCAUAACCUCUAUACCCGCGAAACGAACAGCGUGGACGUCGACGAAGAUGACGUCAUCCGAUUAAACAGUGCUGUCAAGAGCGGGGACGGGCGCACCUUCCUCGAACUGCUCGAGAAAUACAAAAGGCCUUCGACGGUGCAGAAUUUCAUCACGAUGACGUUGGCACACCUCAAGGGAGCGAAGCAACAGGCCGCGAAGAAGUACGAGGACCUGCUCGCGUCCAUUGAGAACGAGUUGCCGAGCUAUUAUGCGAACAAAGACAUAAGGGUGAUACUCGAGGUGGUCACUAUGAACCUGCUGUUUGAGCUGGAGAAGUCGAGCGUUCUGUGUCUGGAGGCGCAGGCUCUACUCGAACGCUUCUCCGACUGGGACAGCCUGGUGACGUCACGGGUGUUUACGAAUCGCAUGCGCGUCUCGCUGAUCGGCCGUUACCUCUUCAUCGCUAGAUUAUUGGCGCCCUGCCGCCCGGAACUAACCUAUGAGAUUGUCAUUUGUCCGACUUUCCACCUGCUCGAGCCAUACGAUCGCUGGCCCGUCCAACCGACUGACGCGCUCGACACUAUCCUGAAGUCGGACUUGCAGGCUCGAAACAUCACGCUCAGGAAACUGCUCGAGAUCGGCUACGUCAAGAACGUCCAGGUAGUGAUGGAAUUGUACAGGAGCGUGGUCGUCAAAAAGGUCGACGUGUGGAAGUUCAACGUAGGACCGUUCUUCGACCCAAUGAUGGUGGUGCUGAUCAAUCAGUCGGACUCGAUCGCUUUAAGGCAGAUCCUGCCCGACAUAGGCGCGUUCUCCGAUUUAAUGACGAAGGACACGCUGCGCGGAUACAUGUGCGCACUCCAAGACCUCAGUGUCAAGAACAACUCCGUCACCCAGUCGGAGUUGUAUGGAGUGUACGAGAGGUGCAUGCAGCGUGGCAUUUACCAGCCGAUCACUUGCGAGGCGGGCGUUAAAAUGAAUUAUGUGGUACAGCUCAAGACGGACAUGCUCAACUGUGAGAUCGAUCUGAUCAUCUCAUACUACUUUUAUCAGCUGCGCAAGAACAGGGGCCUGCCGCCAGGCAAGGCGCCCCUCUCAUUUAACAUCAUUCUGCCCGGUUCGUUGGCGUCCUCGAAAAUCGACUUGCUGAAGAACGCGGCGCGCAGCUCCGAAGAGAUAAACAGCAUCGUCAGGUGCCGGCUAUGGAGCCUCUGCUCCAUCGACUCGAAGUAUGUCUCGCCGACCCAGGUGAACGUCUCCAAGCACGAGUUGGUGAAGUAUCUCCAGAACAACGCGAAACCGUAGCACGGGGCGACUUCGUUUUUGUACAUAUAUAUUACAUAUAUAUAUUUUUUGCGAAUUACCAGUUGUUUUAUUUUAGCAGACCAGUCCCCGGCCGCUGUCCAGCGGCCGGGCGACAGCAUAA